ACCCUCAACUGAUUUGAUGUCGAAACUGUACAAUUAUUGAUUCUUGCAGUGGAAUUCACUUCCUGUUGGUGUUUGGAACAUGGGUUUUGCUCUUUUGUCGUUUGAAAGACCUCUGUUUUUAUUAUAAUUUGGUACGAAUUCUGGGUUUUUGGGGGGGAAGUUUGAGAUGGGUGUUUGGUUUUCUUGGAUGAUUCAAUGUUUCUGAAAAUGGGUUGCUGAUGGAUCUGUGAAAGAUUUUGCCAGUUCUCUGGCAGGAGAAAUCAUUUGGACUUGUUCCAUUGUUCAGCUGUUUACCAAAGGAAAAUCCAACGUUUCCUUUGCUGCUGCAAUGAAGAAAAGUAUCGAAAACAAAUCACAAUCUGGGAAGUAGAUUCCCCCUUUAAGCUGCAAGUACCGGAAGGCUAUGCAAGCAUCUCAGCAGCAUAGAAGUUCAGGCAUGUCUAACAGGUUGUAUUACCUACCUCCGCAAGAGGCUGAGGCCCAUUGCUUGCCUCAGUUCCAGAGUUUUGACCACCAGCUGUGCUACAACGAUGGCAGCCAAGGAACCAACUUCUCCUUUCAGGGUUCCAGUGAGCGUUACUGUACUCUGGAGUCAUCGUCUGCCACUGGCAGUUAUGCCAUUUACAACUCCCCAUCUACUGUUAGUUUUUCCCCCAAUGGAAGUCCCAACUCCCAGCAAGAUUCUCAGUCGUAUCCGUCUGAUCCUCACCAUUCCCCCGACAACACCUACGGCUCUCCUAUGAGUGCAUCCUGUAUUACUGAUGAUGUAAGCGACCUGAAGCACAAGCUGAGAGAAUUGGAGACUGUAAUGCUGGGGCCUGAUUCUGAUAUCAUCAAUAGCUAUGACAGUACCUUCACCCCCAACAAGUCUUCACUGGAGAUGGAUAGCUGGAGAGAUACAAUGGAGAUGAUCUCUGGAGGGGACUUGAAACAGAUUCUUGUAGCCUGCGCAAAGUCGGUAUCAGAUAAUGAUCUGCUGAUGGCCCAAUGGCUGAUGGAUGAGUUGCGGCAGAUGGUGUCGGUCUCUGGUGAACCGAUCCAAAGGCUGGGAGCUUACAUGUUGGAAGGGCUUGUAGCACGGCUGGCCUCCUCCGGGAGUUCCAUCUACAAAGCUCUGAGAUGCAAAGAACCGGCCAGCGCUGACCUUCUCUCGUAUAUGCACAUUCUGUAUGAGGUCUGCCCCUACUUCAAGUUCGGAUACAUGUCUGCGAAUGGUGCCAUUGCAGAAGCCAUGAAGGAUGAAAACAGGGUUCAUAUUAUCGACUUCCAGAUUGGUCAGGGGAGCCAAUGGAUUACUCUAAUCCAGGCCUUUUCAGCUCGGCCUGGGGGGCCACCCCACAUCCGCAUAACAGGUAUCGACGAUUCAACAUCUGCUUAUGCCCGUGGCGGGGGACUCAACAUUGUGGGACAAAGGCUAUCCAGGCUUGCUGAGUCAGUCAAAGUUCCAUUCGAGUUCCAUGCAGCAGACAUGUCCGGCUGUGAAGUCCAGCUGGAAAAUCUCGGGGCUCGACCAGGUGAAGCGUUGGCGGUGAAUUUUGCCUUCAUGCUGCAUCACAUGCCGGAUGAGAGUGUCAGCACCCAGAAUCACCGGGACAGGCUACUGAGGCUGGUCAAGAGCUUAUCUCCCAAGGUGGUCACCCUCGUUGAGCAAGAAUCAAACACAAAUACCGCUGCAUUCUUCCCCAGGUUCCUUGAGACAUUGAAUUAUUAUACAGCCAUGUUCGAAUCAAUUGACGUGACUCUUCCAAGGGAGCAUAAGAAGCGGAUAAGCGUCGAGCAACACUGCCUGGCAAGGGAUGUUGUUAACAUAAUCGCAUGCGAGGGGGUUGAGAGGGUGGAGCGCCAUGAACUUCUCGGAAAAUGGAGGUUGAGGUUUGCAAUGGCGGGGUUUACUCCAUACCCAUUAAGCUCCCUGGUGAACGCCACCAUUAAAAGACUUCUAGAAAACUACAGUGACAAGUAUAGGCUCGAGGAGAGGGAAGGAGCGCUCUAUCUUGGCUGGAUGGACAGAGAUUUGGUUGCGUCGUGUGCGUGGAAGUAGAAACCCUGGUAACGGUAUACUAGUCUUAGAAUCUGGGGAGGCAAGGAGAGGUAUAACUGGGAUUCUUUUUGUUUCUUCUCUGUUAGCGGCUUGUAGUUUAUAAAAAUGGGGGUCCUUCAGCUGUCCAUUCUGUACUCUUUCGUAAUCCAGAUUAACUGUUUUUCCUUCUUCCAAA